GCGCGGAAGAGAGUGGGCGGCGGGAGGCGGAGCAAGAGAUGCGGGGGGCGUGGACGCGGCCCGCUUUGGAAAGGCCCCAAGUUAAUGAGGCGUGCGCCGGCGGCAGAGCGCCUUUCCGAGCUGGGCUUUCCCCCGCGGUGCGGGCGCCAGGAGCCGCCUUUUCCGCUGGGUGUCACUCGGGGGUGGGGGGGAUGGCCCAUUCAAAAGCGCCGCGAGGGGGCCCGGCCAGUGCCUUUCAGUGAGCGCUCGCAAGAGGACGGCAGAGGCCCGGAGGCUCGCUGCUCCGGGACCUUGUGGCGCAUCAGGACGCGGCUGCCCUCCUGCCCGGACCCCGAGCCGCCUCCGCCGCCGUCGCUCUGCUUCCUGCGCGUUAGCCUUCUCUGCGCGCUCCGGGCAGGCGGCCGCGGGAGCCGCUGGGGCGAGGACGGCGCGCGGCUGUUGCUGCUGCCCCCGGCCCGGGCGGCUGGAAGUGGAGAGGCCGAGCCGAUCGGCGCCCCUCCCUAUGCCGGGAGGAUGUUGGAGAGCAGCGGCUGCAAAGCGCUGAAGGAGGGUGUGUUGGAGAAGCGCAGCGACGGGUUGCUGCAGCUCUGGAAGAAAAAGUGCUGCAUCCUCACUGAGGAGGGGCUGCUGCUCAUCCCGCCCAAGCAGCUCCAACACCAGCAGCAGCAGCAGCAGCAGCAGCAGCAACAACAGCCCGGGCAGGGGCCGGCCGAACCGUCCCAACCCGGAGGGCCCGCCGUGGCCAGCCUCGAGCCGCCGGUCAAGCUCAAGGAAUUGCACUUUUCCAACAUGAAGACCGUGGACUGCGUGGAGCGCAAGGGCAAGUAUAUGUACUUCACUGUGGUGAUGGCCGAGGGCAAGGAGAUCGACUUUCGGUGCCCGCAGGACCAGGGCUGGAACGCCGAGAUCACGCUGCAGAUGGUGCAGUACAAGAACCGUCAGGCUAUCCUGGCGGUCAAGUCCACGCGGCAGAAGCAGCAGCACCUGGUCCAGCAACAGCCCCCGCAGCCGCAGCCCCAACCCCAACCCCAGCCCCAGCCCCAGCCCCAGCCUCAGCCUCAGCCCCAGCCUCAGCCUCAGCCCCAGACACAAUCUCAGCCGCAGCCCCAACCCAAGCCCCAGCCGCUCCACCCAUAUCCGCAUCCGCACCCUCACCCGCACCCGCACCAACUACCGCACUCGCACCAACAACCGCUCUCACAACCGCUCUCGCAGCCGCACGGCCACCGGCUCCUCCGCAGCACCUCCAACUCUGCCUGAAGGGGGCAGCACCCGGGCCAGACAAGGUUUUGAGGACUUGAAGUGGGACGAACACCUGUCUAUUGUCUUCACUUGAAUCGAAAACAAAAGUCUCCCCGCCCUGCACGAGAUCGAGUAGUUUGGACCUCACCCGACUGAUAACUUGAGAUUCCUCUUAGUUUUCUGCAUACUCUUCAUCACAAUGCAGGAGACGGUUUCAGUCCGGAAGGCUUUAUUUAUGAACCUUUGAAAGGCUCUUCCAGUAUGGUGGACCUUCUAGGAGCGAUGAUGUACUGUAAUUUUAUUUUAAUGUAUUUUGAUUUAUGAUUAUUUAUUAGUUUUUUUAAUGCUUGUUUUAAGACAUUUCUGAAUGUAGGCCGUUUUCCAAAAGGGAAACUUUUAUUUUCAAAAACCUAUUCCCUAGUAAGUUCUAAUCCUGGAAAAGAAAAAAGUAGAAGGGCGGUGGAGGGGAAAACCAUUAAGAACUCAUUCGUUAUUCCUAGGCAUUUUCAGAAGGUCUGACACUUUCAUUGUUAUGCCAGGUGGUUGAAAUUAAACUCUGAUAUUACUUCAUUUUUUUUUGAGAUUUUUUCUUUAGACAUAUAUUUUCUGUAGAAGUUUAAGAAAGCUAAGUGUUCAAAAUUGUGUAAUUAUGAAAAUCUAACUGCUUUUCUAAAAGGAAAUUCAUAGUAGUGAUAUCUAAUUCCAAAUAUUUAAACCAUAACCCAAGGUGACAGCAGGAUGAGCAUAUCUUGAAUGUACGGUAGGGCUGGGUGUAAUGUAGAAAAAGCUUUGCUUGUAUCAUCCGUUUGAAGGGCUUAGUAAGGAGAUUUCCAUGGUUUCUGAGUAAGACUGCCUUAGGUGUUUCCUUUCAAAAAACACAGUGGGGGGAAAGAAAACCAUUCAGCUUGCUUAAGAGAACAUUUGUGCUCUUAUCCACACGAGAGAUUACCCUUCUCCAAGAUCUUUGCACGCUCCGCUUGAACCACAUUUUCUGACCCUUUUACCCUAGGGUCUAGAAAUACACCCUAGAAUCUCAUAGCUUAAAAUACAGUUUGUAAAUAUUUCAAAGGACCAGGGGUCAUUGCUUUUAGGUAUUCAUACUGAAAAUAACAUUGAUCAGAGAAACUCACUGUUUUACUUUUCAUGGCUCUGUGAGAAAUUUGAGGGUUCUAUGUUUUGUAGUUAGGUUAGCUAAACUCAGAAAUUGAAAAAGGAAGGACAGGAUAAACACUGGAUUUUCAGUGAGAAAACAACCCAGUCUUGUUUUAGCAGCCACUUGUUCAGGAGUCUGAGGGGCGGGGUGGAGGGGGGAGGAUGUGCUUUUAAAGGUAGAACAAGCCCUCCUCUGUGUCAAAUCAAAAGGAUGGUCAGAAUUCACAAGGGCAGAUGCUACUUAAGCUUAAAAAGAGCAUACUUGAUACCAAAUCUUCCUGGGGCUGAAAAUCACUUCCUAUCUGCAUGGCUUUACUGACAGUCUCUGUUUCCCAUUACCUUUUCUGCAAAGUCUUGAUCAGUAUUUUUCCAGCACCCAAAUUGGAAUGGUCAGGAUUAGGUGAUUGCUAUGUUAUGUGGUCAAGAAAUGAAAAUAGAAUUUUAUGCUAGAGAUGUCUUUAUUCUCCUUCCAUCUAGAAAGGAGUCUCAAGAUCAGAUUCCUGUUUAGCACAAUAUUGAAAUGAUGAAACUUUGAGAUCACAACCCGAAUCUGAAAAGUUGUGGGGCAAGACUACAAGUCAGGCAAAUGGCAUGCAGAACUGAACUGGGCUCUCGCUUUCAGUGGCUAAGGCACGGUUGUGAAAAUACGCUGUAAAGAUUUUAUAUACACAGGAUACAGGCAACUCAGACAGCAAAUCUGAAGAGUUCUUAAGUGUGAUUUGGCUUCUGAGAAACUACUGCUGUGCAUUUUAGAGAAUGCCUCUUUGUACUGUCAUUUUAAUACAUGCAGAUCAUAUAACCCCCAAUUAAACCACAGUUUUUUAUGUCAAGUUUUGUGCUAUAAAAAUAGUAAAGUCCAUACCAAAUAUUUUAAACAUUGAGAUUCACGUGGGCUUUUAAAAGACAUUUGUUACGUUGUUAGAUUACAUAUAGGCCAGGUAGUAUUGUUGAAAAAAAAAUCUGCCUGGGCUCCCUCCCGGCUGCUGGGUUCCUCUGGCACUCCCUCCCCUCCCCCACCACAAUGGAUAUGGUUGUUAACAGGGCCACCAGAAUCAUGGUUCCUUAUCUUGUCUUUCCACAGCACUUAUUCCUUGGUCUGCUGUGAUAUUUACAUUGAGUUGGCCCUCUUAGUGGCUCUCUAGUCUGAACCCCUCUUAGCAUUUACCUGUGAAACCUCAGAAAUUAGGAAGGAGAGGAAUAGGAUGUUUUUUGUUGUUUGACACUUUGAAAUGAUUGUGGCUGAAUAAUUUUUUCAGAAUAACAACAACAAAAAAAGCACGCUUACCAAAACAAAACACAAAUGCAAAUCACUUAAUGUGAUUUGCAGUGGCGGAAUUCUACCAUAUUCUCUAAGAAAACGAUACAAACCACUUAAGGUAUUCUGAGGCCUGACAAAUCACCUUCGUGGGAAAAGGUAAAAAUGAUUCUUUCAAUCCAAGACAAGGAAAGGGGAAGGGGCAGGUCCAUAGAAGAUGCACCCCUUAAAUAAACACAAUGUAAAAAGUUGGAAAAACUAAAAGGAAUGUCCCCAUCUGGAAACUGAACUUUUGUCCUUGAACUUGGAUUGACACCGCGGCCUUGUACACAGCGAGCUCAGUAACUAUUUGUGGAGACAAAUUAAUGAAAGAAGGAAUAAAUACGUAACUCCCAGUAUCCAGGAGGUGGUUUCUCUUGCCUCACACAGUGCUUCCUUCACUUGCUUUCUUGUCGUUCCCCAAGAACAAGUAAUACUGGGCAGGCUAAGCCUCACGAUGAAGCUCCUUAGACAUACUUUCUUAGCAGAAAUGCACGUAGAUGUAUCUGCGUAUGCCCUACAGGGAGUGCUGAGGUCAGGGAGUAAACGGUUAUAAAGGACCCUUUCAAAAUGAACAUUUUCGUCAUAGAGGAAGUUGGGAUUCUCUCAUCAUGGCAGAAACCAAACUAACUGUAUAAUUUCACUUCACAUGUUUUUUUUCCAAUGGAGGUUUAAACAACAACAAAAAACUCAACCUCAACUCAUUGCUUAAAGGAGAUCCCUUUCCACGUAAACACCGUGAGGAAAUCUGGCUUAAACCCAAAGGCCUGCUUUAACUCCUUCCUGCUCUGGUGUACUAAUGCUGUAUUUCUCCUACAGACCCCUCACUUUAAAUCUGACGCUCCGCGAGCCUGUUGCCAGUGUGUGGGUGGGAGCACACUGGCUUGUUUUCUGUUCCCCGGGGAAAGCGACUUGGUUUUAGCUUGGCUCCAAUCAUUUGCAGGCUGAGAAGAGGGUCUGAGGCUUGAGUGAAGCUGGAGCCAGCAAUCCCAUGGAUCCCAGAGCUCUGUAGGUGAAACCAGGCCUAUGAACAUCCCUUCUCUCUUCGUUGGGUCAAACUAAUUUGCUUUUGCUUUACCAAUAAACUGCCUUCAGCAGCAGAAUCAUAUUUAAAUUUGGGGAUUACAGAGCUUGAUAUUGAGUAUAUCAGCGAUUCUCCCAAGAGAAAUAUACCUGUUCACUUAAAGCAACCUAAGAUGUAUUAAUUGUGGGAUUCUGGUGAAUGGGUUUUAAAGAACUGUUUUCUAAAUUCUUGACACAAUUUGAAGGGUGACUUUUUCAUCUGCGGUGUUGAGCAGCCAAUCUAGAUUUACAGGAGAUUGGAUGACAAAGUGGUCUGUGACUUUGUUGGCAGGACAUUUGCCGAAUGGAGGAUAGGAGCCAACAGGGUUUUCCUGCCAGGGCAUUAUUGUCCAGUGAGGGCAGCGGAAGGGUUCUGGAAACAUCCGCAGAAAAGCAGAUGAGACCUUCCCCAGCCUGCUCUUCAGCCGACCUGUCGGUGAUCAGUUAGGCUUUGAGGAAGAUUUUAAUAAGAGGUGGUUCUUCGAGAUCACUGUAUUUAUUUUGAGAAGAGGACGCGAUGGUCCGUUACAUGCUGCUGUCGAUCUUAAAGUCUUAGAAUAUGCAGAUGUCAGCUUCUGAAAACCAAGCAUCACCAGGUACCAAAUGCUUUAGAAAGUAUCCCAUUUGUGAACUCAAUAGUGUGGUCAUAGUUUGUAUAAAUAUGUCUCAAAUGAUUUUGGAGAGAUGUGAUUUAUUUUUCAUAUUUUCAAAAUGCAUUCCAUUUCAAAUAAAGUAUCUAUGGAGAUGA